GCGACAUAUCUGUUUGUGGCGCAAGUAGCUAGCUAAGCUAACACGCUUCGUUACCAAGAAUGGCAACGUCCAAGAAGGGGAAAAAAGUAGUAAAUCAAGAAGAACUCCGGCGGUUGAUGAGAGAGAAACAACGACAGAACACGGAGAAGAAACGCGUGGAAUCUCCCUUCGCCAAAUACAACAGUUUGGGUCACCUGAGCUGUGUCCUGUGCUCUGUGCAGGUGAAGUCUGAACUUCUGUGGCCAGCUCAUGUUCUGGGGAAGCAGCAUAAAGACAAGGUUGCAGAGUUGAAAGAAGGAAGGGGCCAAGCAGCUGUGUCACAGAGUCACCCUGUAAAAAGGAAAACACAGGACAGCGUGGAAGUUGUUGGAAAAAAGGCCAAACCAGCUGGCCAGUCUGAGGCGAGUUUGCCUGGAGACUUUGAGAAGCCCUCCGAAAAGGCGUCUGCUUCCACACAGAAAUCUGCAGGACUGAGCCUCUUAGCAGGCGUUUACGACGAGGACGACGAUGAAGACGCUGUCGAAGCCGAUGUCCCAGCGCAGCCCGCUAAAGAACUGCCAGCUGAUUUCUUUGACAGCUCCAUCCCACCCACGCCUGCCAUUUCCCACUCAGGGUCUAUCCUCAAAGCAGACGCCCCAGAGAAGACUCCCGAAAAGAAAGACAACACUGCCGAGGCGCUGCCCGAGGGCUUCUUCGACGAUCCGGUCAGAGACGCCAAAGUGCGGAACGUCGACGCCCCGAAAGAUCAGAUGGACAAAGAGUGGGAAGAGUUUCAGAAGGAGAUCCGACAGGUGAACACAAAGUCUGAGGCCAUCGUGGCAGAGGACGAUGAAGAGGGACGCCUUGAGCGUCAGAUCGACGAGAUUGAUGAACAGAUCGAGUGUUACAAAAGAGUGGAACUGCUGAGGGACAAGCGGGAUGUGUUGAAACGUAAAUCAGGGCCAAGAAAGGAUGAAGAAACGGAGACUGGUAAUAACAAUGAGGAGCAGGAGGGAGAAGAGGAUGAAGAGGGGUUGCUGGGGCUUUUGUCCCAAGACUGGAGGGCCAAAGGGGCUCUGGCCUAGAGUUCUUCAUGUAAAACCUGGUUUUGUUAAGAUUGCUGAUACAUUUGCUCUUAAACAUAGUUUUGGUAAAAGCCGCGACCUUUUGUAAAUGCCAUUUUCAUUCAUGCAAAAAAUACUUGAGUAAAACACAUGCUACACAAAAUGAAAUUUUCUGGAUGUAUCCUUAAAAAAACAUCAGAAACUAAAGCCUUUAACUGUCUU